AUGGACACCCAGAAGGACGUUCAGCUCCCAAAGCAACAGUCAAUGAUAUGUCACAGAGAAAAUGAAAUAAAAUCCAGGGAUCCAUCAGAUACAGACAGAGAAUGUGGAUACAGAAUAAUGUACAAGAAAAGGACUAAAAGAUCGGUGGUUUCUGAUGCUCAGUGA